AUGGCGAAGAGGAAAAACAAAGUCAAACGAAAUCCAAAGGGUGGCAUCAAGAAGGGUGACAAGAUUCACGGCCAAAAGAAGGGAAAGAAAGGUGAAGCUGCCGCCUACGUGACAAGAGCACAGGCCCUGGCGAGAUUGCAAAUUCCGCUGGCGGACUUCCGAAAGCUUUGUAUUCUGAAGGGCAUCUAUCCGCGGGAUCCCAAGAAGAAGGCCCAUGGCAACGACAAAACGUAUUACCAUCAGAAAGACAUUGCCUUUUUGAGGCAUGAGCCAUUGCUCAACAAGUUCUUCGAAAUGAAGACUUUCAUGAAGAAGUUCAAGCGGCUGAUGGGUCGACGAGAAAUAAAGACUGCUAGACGCUUCGAGGAGCGAAAGCCAAAGUACACGCUUCAUCAUCUUGUGCGGGAAAGGUAUCCAUCCUUUGAUGACGCCGUCCGUGAUUUGGACGAUGCUGUGAGUAUGCUGGCUCUUUUCCAGUCGCUUUCUGCUGACCAGGCCAAGGACAUACCCGUCGAGGCCAUUACCGAAGCAACGCAGCUGUAUCAGGAAUUCCAGCUGUACGUCAUUCGUGCACAGGCCUUGCGGAAAGUCUUCGCAUCAAUCAAGGGCUACUACUUCCAGGCAGACAUCCUUGGCCAUUCCGUGACAUGGCUGGCCCCCCAUCAGUUUGCGCAGGAGCUUCCGGCGGAGGUCGAUUUUCGCGUCAUGUUAACCUUCCUGGAAUUUUAUCGUGCCAUGGUCAAGUUUGUCAAUUUCCGGUUGUAUGGCGAUCUUGGUCUUACAUAUCCGCCGAGGCGGGAUGCUGAGCUUGAGCGCACCUCAGCCGACGUGGCAGCCCUGGAGACGGAGAUGAGGGAGGCUGGAAAAGCGCAGCAGCUGCACAGCCAGGAUAGCACCGACAUUGCGACGAGUGCACUCAAGGACUUCGGAGAUGAAAGCGAGGCUGCGGAGAUGCAGCAAAGUUUGGCGAAGUCUGGAAGAGUGAAGACGACGUUCAGAGGUCUGCGGGUCUUCAUCAACCGGGAAGUGCCACUGAGGCCCUUGUACUUCGUUCUUCUUUGCGGCGGAGUUGCUGAGGUGGGCUGGGAGCGAGGGGCGCAAGCUGGUAAGUCCGCCGGACCCGGGUCAGCUUUUCCUGUGGAAGGUGAAGCCAUUACACAUCAAGUAGUUGAUCGGCCAGCAGGUUCCUGUGAAGUGCGACCUGGCCGUGAGUACGUUCAGCCUCAGUGGAUCUUCGACUGCUUCAACAUAGGCUGCCUGCUGCCAAUUGCUCCAUACGCGCCUGGCCGCACGCCGCCGCCUCACCUUUCACCCUUCGUGGAUGACAAAGCCGAAGGUUAUGUGCCACGGCAGCGCGAGAUUUUGGAUCGAUUUGCUGCCGAGGUGUCUGGGCAGAAGGAUGGUGAGAAGGAUCGAGACGAAGCCGUCUCAAGCGCAGCCGCUGGCAGCAGCAUGCAGCACUUCGGGGAGGAGUUGCAGGCAGAGUCAGAAGGUCUUUGGCACUCCGAGUUCAGGAAACAGCGCGAAGAAGCGGCGGCUGCGAACAUGGCGGCUGCCACACAGGAGGAUUCUGCGGACGUGGAUGUUGGCAUGCGGCCAGCUCACAGGCCUUCCGAGGAAGAAGAGGAGCGACUACGAGCAAAAGCAUUGAUGCCAAAGAAGCACAAGCGAUUGCUACAGAGGAUUGAGGCAGCUGAAGCCAAGCGUGAAGCUGCAAGCAAGAGGCUAAAGAGGAAGGCUGAAGCCGCAAGCUCUUGA